AUGCCAGCUGUACGUCGGGAGGUCAACGUGCUGAUAACGGGGUUUGGACCGUUCAUGUCGGUGGUGUCCAACCCGUCAUGGCUGUCUGUGAAACCGCUGCACAAUGUGCGCCUCUCCUCUUGCGACGCCUCUACUUCCGCGCAAGUUGGGGAGGGGGUUAGGAUUCAGACCCUCCAGGUACCCGUGCACUACUCGUCGGUUCUCGACCUUGUCCCGCGCCUGCACGGUCGAACUCCCAGCUCGGGCUCAUUCUGGCUCGACCCUCGCCUGGAUUCACCGUACGGUGGAACUGCCGGCCAAGCGUAUCCCGAUGGCUAUCCCAUCGACCAUCCUUUGACGGGGUUCGAUGUGGUGAUCCACGUCGGUGUGGGCAGAGGCGGUAGUAUCCGCUUGGAAACACUCGCACACAAGCACAGCUACGACAAACCCGAUACCGCCUCCUCCCUCGCCCCUGCCCUCUCGGACAAGAAACGAGGCUUUGGCCAAGGGUACGAGCAGUUUGGCGAUAUCCAACAGACUACGGUCAACAUCGGCGAGCUUGUCGCCUGGCUCAAGCGCAGAGGCUUGGAGGUAGACCAGAGCUGGGAUGCAGGCCGCUACGUGUGCGAUUUCAUCUACUACGCCUCGCUCACCAACGCCACCGGUGCCAAGGUGCUCUUCAUCCACGUUCCGCCGGUCGAGGAUGGACCGGGCGUGCAAAAGUGCACCGAGGUGAUUAGCAACGUUGCGUGGUGGAUCGCCACCCAGUGCAUUUGA